CAGAGCUACAAGUGGAUCGCGUUUAACGUCCAGUUUUCUUUCAUCGUCUCUAUAAUAAGUGUUUUAAACAUGAAGAGACCCCCGAGGCUUCUUCAUUAACGCUGAGCUAACCGUUGAGUACUGUUACUCUCCUGGUGGUGGAUUAGACUGGUCGCACAUGUAAAGCUGGAGACUUUUCGAGGGCUGGGUUACAGACAUGCACCCACCAUCUCGACAGGGCUAUGUAUCCAUAAGCUUUGCUGGACAAGGAAGUUACAAUAACAGUAAGCAGUGGAGGAGGCAGUCCUGCUGGAGGAAGUGGAAGCAGCUGUCCAGGCUGCAGCGAAGCCUCAUCCUCUUCAUCCUCGUCCUUUUGUUUAUUUGUGGAAUUGCUUCCUAUCCUACUGUUACUGAACACCUCAGAGGCCUUACAGAUGGAGAGCGAGACACAGACAGUAACAGCAUCCUGAGACCUGCCAUCCCCCAUGUACUGCCUGAGCCUGUCAAACACGGCCCCCCAGCACUAACUGAACAGCCCUCCCAGAUUGAAGAAGGUUCCGAAUGCAGCGGCCAGUGCGACGGCCAGCGGUGGCGUACGUGGAUCGCUCGCGGUUUGAAAGCCGCACCACCCCCGAAGAAGCGGGUUCGAGACCAGAUCGUUCACCGUGUAUAA